AAGAAUUUCAAUGUUAACUAAGUGAGAUUUCACUCUCUGCAGCAACGGUUCCUGUGGACGCAGUUACGGAGUGCUGGGGUCAGGAGGGCAUGGGCUUGUGCGGGGAGUACAAACGUAUCAAACACAAUGAAUCAUUGGCUACCUGCAGCUAUAGGUGCCUUCCAGAGCUGGACUCUUCGUGCUACAUUAAUGAGCCGGAUCGAGAGCCAUGUCUUGUUUUCGACAACGCUCCUCUCGGCAAGUGCUACGAUGGGGUAUGCUACGAUAACUCAGUGUAUGAUAGGUUGAUCAAGAUAAGAGCGCCUAAGACUGGGAUGCCGUGCCCACAUGGGAACGACUAUUUAUAUAAUGACAGGGGACCAUUCGGCUGCCAUUUUUACUGCAGAGAAGCUCCCAACAAGAUCGUAAGACGUCCCGACGGCAAUUCCUGUCUGAAUCCGAGGAUGACGGUCAAGGGCGGAUGUCAAAGAGGCAGCUGCGUAGCUGGUUACCAGCGAAGUUGA